AUGCCGCCCAAGCAGAGGAGAGACUCGAGCGAUGAGGAUGACUUCGCGUCAUUCUCCGAGCGCGAUGAGUCCCACUACGAAAGCGAGGAGGAUGCACCCGCCAAAGCCCAGAAGACCCGCAUCCUCGAGAAGGACUCGGACGAAGAAGAGCUCGAGCGCUUCGUCCUGGGCGACACGGCCAACUUUCGCGAGAACCUCUUCAAGAACGAUGCCCUGGCAGAGAUUGGCUCCGAUCUUGAGCCCUUGGACGAGGAGGGAGAGCAGGGUGCCGGCGGGAACCUCGAGGAGCUAGAUGAUGCGCAACUGUUCUUCCUGGAUGCGCCCGUUGGCAGCUCCAAGGAGCUGGUACCAGCGCCCGCCACAGCCAAGGCUGCCGCCCCGAAAGACACCAAGAACCCACCUGCUUGGGAGGACAGCGACGACGAGCGCCUCACUGUGUCUCUGGCCACUGCCACGCAGCUGCGAAAGCUGCGGAUAAGCGAGGAGGAGGACGUCGUCAACGGACUAGAGUACACGAGGCGGCUGCGACAGCAGUAUCUGCGGUUAAACCCCCUGCCUGACUGGGCCAAGAUGGCAGACGAACGUCCAGCCAAACGCCGCCGGAGGUCGUCCGCUGCCUCGGACAACUCCGAGGCCUCUGAUCUCAGCGGAAGCGAGGCUGGUGACGAGCCCUCUGCCUUGCCGUUGGACAAGUUCCUGCGGGACGCAAACUCGCUCAUGGGAAGCGGCGCAAAACCGACAAAGUUACGACCCGAAGUCAUCGACAUACAACGAUCGAGAGACAUGGCCGACAGUCACAAGGACGAAGUUACUGCGCUUUGUUUCCACCCGGAAUACCCAGUCCUCCUGUCCUCGAGUACUUCGACCAUUCUUUACUUACACCACAUCGCCCCGACUGCGCACCCUACACCCAACCCCUUGUUGACUUCCGUGCAAGUCAAACAAGUACCCGUCCGACAUGCCGAGUUUCUCGGCCCCAGUGGAGACAAGAUCUUCUUCGCAGGCCGCCGGCGCUUCAUCCACUCCUGGGACUUGCCGACAGGCCAAGUUCAGAAGACCGAGAAGCUUCAGGGCCAUCACUUGGAGCAGAGGACAUGGGAACGUUUCAAGCUCAGCCCUUGCGGGAGGUGGCUGGGCAUGAUUGCGACGACCCGAAAAGGAGGCGGCGCCAUCAACAUUGUAAACGUAAACACGAUGCAGUGGAUUGCUGCUGCUCGAUUGGAUAGCAGGGGAGGCAUUGCCGACUUCCAGUGGUGGAAGUCUGGAAACGGUCUGACCAUUCUCGGCAAGGGAGGUCAGGUCGGCGAAUGGAGCAUGGCAUCGAGGCGUUUCUUAGCAAUCUGGAACGAUGAGGGUUCCGUUGGCGGCACCGUCAUCGCCCUCGGAGGGCGGAAUGGACCCAAACUCCUGGGCGGCGACCGAUGGGUGGCCAUUGGAUCAAAUAGUGGUGUCAUGAACGUUUACAACCGCGAAGACCUGAUUCUGCCCUCGACGGAUGAUGAGCUCGAGCUCAAGGAGAGGCCUGAGCCCACUCGGAGGUUCGAGCAGCUGACGACACCGGUUACGUUCUUGACCUUCAGCCCAGAUGGACAGAUUCUAGCAUUCGGAAGCGGACACAAGAAGGAUGCCCUUCGUCUUGCACAUCUACCAAGCUGCACAGUCUACCGAAACUGGCCCACGGCACAAACGCCGCUGGGUCGCAUCACAGCAGUGGCGUUUGGAAGCAAGAGCGAUUCGCUGGCAGUCGGCAACGACACAGGGAAAAUCAGGUUAUGGGAGAUCAGGAGCUAG